GAUGCCUUUUUAAAAUAGAAGGCUGUAUAGAUAGACGCUGAUUUCGCCGAAAGGUUAAAACCUCAAAGAGUUUAUAUCACUAAUAACAUGGAAAUUUUUAUAUGUUAGAGAAAUAUUACGUUAUUACGUCAUAUACGUAUAAUUAAAUAAUUAUCUGCAGCUGAACCGAUGUACAGUUUGGAAACACUACAAUCAAUCCUUAUUUAAGCAUAAGACAUGUGGGAAAUAAAAGUUAACAGUGGAAAUCAAAUUAAAAUUCUUUGUUAUUUGCGACACUUUUUAAAAUUCUUGCUCACGUGUUAAAUUAUUAAAUUAAAAGAAAGAAAGCUUUAUGCUUAUAACUAACUAAAUGCGCAUUUUCUUUGAUUUUCUAGAUGGAGGUUUGCUUCUGGACCCCUUUCCAACGGAAGAUGGUGAUACGUCGGGCCGUCCGGUUUUCUUAGAGGAACCUCGGGAUACGUACGUUGUACGCAGCCGUCCUGCCACCUUGUCUUGUAAAGUUCGGAAUGCCUUGGAGUUGUAUUUUGUGUGCAAUGACAAAGCUGUUCAUCACAGACACCACAGUAGGCAAGAAUUCGUCGAUCCGCAAACGGGCGUGAGACACAUCGAAGUGAGUAUCGACGUGAGUAGGAAUGACGUGGAGGAGUAUUUUGGUCUGGAUGGAUAUGGAUGUGGUUGCGUUGCUUGGUCAUCGAGCGGCACCACUAAGAGCAGAGUGGCUGUGAUCAAAAUAGCAUAUCUGAAGAAGCAUUUCGAGAACCAGCCUCUCAGUACCCACGUAGAGAUCGAAGGACAAAUAUCGCUUCAGUGCCUUCCACCAGAGGGCAUUCCACCCCCCGAAGUGUUUUGGAUGAAGAACGGGGAAGUGAUUGACACUUCCAAAGAUCCAAAUUUCAUCAUCUCCAACGAAGGCAAUCUUCUCAUCAGCGUGGUCAGGUUGGCAGAUAUGGGCAACUACACCUGUGUUGCCAGAAAUCCAGCUGGCAGCAGGUUGAGCGAAACAGCCACCCUCACAGUUUACGUGAAUGGUGGUUGGUCAACAUGGAGUCCAUGGUCCGAGUGUACCGCCCGUUGCGGUCGUGGUUCCCAACAGAGGUCACGACUUUGCACUAACCCUGCGCCACUGAAUGGGGGUAGACAAUGUUCCGGAGAUCCACUUCAGAAAUCUGACUGCACUUCGCUUUGUCCCGCCGAAGAUGGUCGCUGGACAUCUUGGUCAUCCUGGUCAACUUGCAGUCCUGAUUGCAAACACCACAGACGCAGAACUUGCACUAAUCCUCCACCAAGUAAUGGAGGUCGAUAUUGUGUGGGAAAAGAUCUGGCCACCAGUAAUUGUACCGGUGGGAUGUGUAGAGCAACAAGAGAUAGAGAUCCUUUUGUGGUGUUUGGCAGCAGCCGUUCUGAAGAAGUGGUUCCAUCUUCCAAUGAUAGUGCUGCCAUUUCAUUGUACAUUGGUGUCUUCGUAGCGGUUACGGUUUUCUUCAUUGUACUAGUGGUACUAGUAUGGAUGGUGAAGCGAAUGAAAUCUAGGGACCCUACGAUGUAUAGAGUUCCCACUGCAACAGAUGUUGUGGUUGUUCAGCCGGAUCUGACACAAAAUGUUCUUCACAUACGGAAAGAAGACUACAACGAAAAGAGUGCUUUGGCUGGGCUGGGAGCUAAUGCCAUAGUCCCACUCUUACCUCCGCCACCAAAGUACAUUAACAACAACAGUGAAAAAGAAGCUGAUGAUACCAUUCAACCGCUCAUAGCGGUAAAUCUAAGAAAGGGCUCUCCCGAUUCGACUGAAAAAAUAGCCAGACCGGAAUCUCCAAUGUCCGAACUAAAUUCUUCAGUUUCAAGUGGAAGAGGAUCUGCAUAUGGAGCUUCUUGUAAUAACUCUGCUGCAUCAAUGGCUUUGCCCCCAAAUGUUGAUUCUGAUUUGACUGUGUGGGCUGCUGUCACAAAAGCUGGAGGAAGGAUAACUCUGCCAGAUACAGGUAUUUCAUUGACCAUACCAAGAGGAGCUAUACGUAAAGGAAGUGUCAGUCUUUACUUGGCUGUUUUAAGAGAUGAUAAAGACAGGCCUAAUUUAUCAGAUAAAGAAACUGUAUUAAGUCCAGUUGUGCAAUGUGGACCACCAGAUCUAAGUUUCUCCAAACCACUGAUUCUUAGUCUUCCUCACUGUGCAGUUAUUGAUAGUCCUGAGAAGUGGACCAUAAGCAUUUUUAGUAGCGAUACUCCGUCUGCAGAAGAUGAAACACCCGAAUGGAAGAAUCUUGUGACAGUGGGUCAGGAGACAAUUGUUACACCUUUGUUCUGCCAAGUGGAUCCCCAUCACUGCCAUCUCAUGACAGAGCAGUUAGGAAGGUUUGCAUUAGUUGGAGAAUCUACUCCGAACCAGAAAGCUGUGAAGUCUAUAGCUCUUGCAGCUUUUGCACCAGCGUUUCAUUCUUCCACAGACUACACAAUACGUGUGUAUUGCAUUGAAGACACCAAAGCAGCAAUUCAGGGUAUGAUGCAAGUAGAAGAAAAACUACACGGAUCUUUACUUGAUGCACCUAAAUCCAUGUUGUUACAAGAUGGUGGUUCCAAUCUGUGCCUUUGCUUAGAAGACAUAUCUCCUGGGUGGAAAUGCAAGCCAUUAGCCAAUUAUCAAGAAAUACCCUUCCAUCAUUUAUGGAAUGGUCGCCAAAAUCACCUUCACUGUUCUUUCAAGUUAGAGCACUUGGAUCGUUCCUUGCAAGCUGUAAGCUGCCACAUACUUGUUUAUCAACGUGGUGCUCAAGCCAAUAGACAAGUGCUUAGAAUUAGUACAGAUUAUAGAGAGAAAUUACCCUCUCCAGCCCAAAGCAUAACUGCAUCAUCAAUUUCUUCAUCAAUUAUUACAGAGAGUUCAGGACCAAUACUUGCUGUAGAUCCUACAGAAAAUGUGUUCAGGCUAACACCAGAUGUUAGAAAACAGUUAUGCAUUUGCCUUGAUCCUCCAAACAGUCGAGGAAAUGACUGGCGAAGGUUGGCAGAAGAAUUAGGUGUAAACAGAUACAUCAAUUAUUUUGCUACUAAGAGUAGUCCUACAGACCACAUCCUAGAUCUCUGGGAAGCAAGGGAGCAAGAGUCCAAUAGCCUUGGAAAUCUUCUUAAUAUACUGAGGGUAAUGGGACGUGGAGACGCAGUUCAAGUGGUUGAGAAAGAAGUUGGGUCAUGGAUUUGAAGUUUAAUUUAACUGCAAAGGACAAUGCAGAAUAAAGUUGCUUUUGCAAAUUAGAGUACAAGAAUCUUGUACAAGUUUCAGUUCAGGAAACUUUGUGAUCUUCCAACUGUGCCUCAUGUACAUAAGUGGACUUAUUAACUGUUUGUAUAUUUAUGUAAAUAUGGCACCUGAAUUAGCUGUGCAUUUUUGUUAUUUAUAUUGAUGUUCAUGGCUUAAUGAAUUGGAAUGAAUUUAAAAUGAAAUCCAACAAAAAUGUGAAAUUGUUGUGUAGAGAUCUUGUUAUUAAAGGUUCUAAUGAUAAUCUAAUGCUUUGAUAAAAGCAAGCAAAUAUUAAUUGGUAAUUUAAAAUUGUUGCUUCCUUUUACUGGGAAAAAAAAAAAGAGUAAAGAAACAAGUGUUUUUCAGAAUUGGCCAAUUUUAUUUAAUUGUGACAAUACUUUUAAAUUUAUUAUGCUGUUACUUCAUAACACUAAGAAUAUUUGUCUUAUACUGCUUCUUGAAAUAAUGCUUUGAAAUCAAUUUCAAGGGAUUUUUUUCAAACAAAAAGUUUUUAGUGAGGCCUGGAGUUUUACUGAAUGCAUUAAAAUUACAUUGCUUUAACAAAAUAUUGAUUGAUUUGCAUAAGGAUAGUGUAAAAUCCUUCUGAAGUCAUGGGAGUUCAGAAAUUGAAAUAAAUUAAUAGAUGUGGUAGAUUAAAGUUAUAAGAAGAAAUUAAAAAAAAAUCUUUUAUUGGAGAUCAGCACAAAAGCAUUUUGUAAUUCUGGGAAACUGAGAUUUUUUGUUCAACAAUAUGAGCAAAAUUUGCAUAGAACAUAUUAAUUUUUCUCAAAUUUGUUAAAAUAAUGCUAAAAUAAAUUUCUAGAUGUGGGAAAAUUAUUAUAAUCCCUAUAUAUUUUUCCAUCUGGUAGAAUGCUUAUGUACACUUGAAUAUUUCAUUUAUUACAAUUAUUUUGCAAGAUACAUUUUCUGCAUCUUGCAAAAUAAUCUCUUAUGAAAAGGAAUAAGCAGAAAUGUGGAUAUAAAAAAACUAUUGUAAUUUUCUGAGUUUGCUACUUGUAUUGAAAAGAAAAAAAAUAAGCUUAAAUUAAAAAUUAACUUACUUAAAACUUAGAAAAUUAUGAUUUCUGAUUCACAAUGCAGUAUGUCUUUAUGUCUUAUUUUGUUUAUAGAUUUUUGAAGAUUUAAAAUAAACGCCUCAUUCAGAUAAAUAACAACUUAGAUCACUUUAAAACAGUAUGAUAUAUUUUAAAAAUAUUUAAAUACUUUUCUAUUCAGCAGAAGAUAUUUACAUUGUUUUUUUAAUACAUCAGCAAAUGCCAUAAAAAUAUUAUGAACAUUUAAAAAAGUUCAGUGGAGUAGUUAGUAGUGUCACCUCAAAGCAAAAUUAUAAUACUUUAACCUUUUGUAAAAAGAAAUUAAAGUAUUGUAAAUAAUGAAGUGAUGAUGUUAAAUACAAAAGAAGGCCUUAAAUUAUCCUAGUAUUGAAAAUGAGAAUUGUCAUGAAAAAAUAUCCCCCUUUGAGAAAGAAGUAGGUAAGAGAGCAGACAGGAACUUAUAUUGUUGCAUUUUUUAUAUUGCAACAAAGAAUGAAUAUUUUAAAGAAUUUAAAUAUUUUAAUUUAUGUUAAUUGUAUGAUAUUAAAAUUACAAUUUUUAAGCUGCAUCACAAGAGUCCAAUUUUAAUUCAUUUAAAAUUAAUUACAGUUAUUAAAAUUACAGUAUGCAUUAUAAGUGCAAAGUUGCGCCUGGGAUUGAAGUAUAAAAAGAUAUUUCUGUUAUGCUGUUUUAAACUAAGUUUUUCCGCUGUUUAGAGUUAAAAGCAUUCGCUUCUGUGAUUCAAAGUAACUAUCCUGAUAUUAUUUCCAUACGUUAAAUUUAAAUAAUUAUCUUGCAUCCUGAUAUUAUUAUGUUCAGUACCUUCAAAUUUUAUUAAAAUGAUUAAUAUUAACUGGUCUUUCUAAAUCUCUAUUUAAAAGUUUGUUACAAAAAUGGUUUUAAUGAUUAGAAAAUGCAUGAAAAGAAAGGGUAAAACAGAAUGAUGUUUCAUAUAAGAAGUACUAUUGAAUGUUUAAAAAAUUUAACUUAAAAACCAUAUUUUAAAGAGAGCAUUUAAAAAUUGUUGAUCAAAGAAAUGUUCUAUUUAAAAAUGUUGUAGGAGUCUUUAUGUAAAAUAAAUAUUAUAAUUUAACAUUAUAACUGUAAAGAUUAAACUUUGUAACAUAAUCAAAAUUUUUAUUUGAAGGCAUGUAUUAUAUACAUUACAUAUAAUAAUUUUAUAUGUAAUAUAUUAAGCUUCAGCUAUUUUUUUAAGCUUCAUCUUUAUAAUUUUGUUGUGCGAUAAAGAAAAUGUGUAAAAAUUAGUUAGUUUUAUCAACAGAAAAAUUACAGUUUGAUUUUUAACUGUUCUAACUCUGAUUUAAAAAACUGAAAGAAUUUAUGUUACACAAGAAGUUUCUUUUGUAUUGAGAGAUAUUGAUCUGAAACUUUCUAUUCCAGUUCCAUUCUGCUAUUAUGUACCAUACAUAAUAUAAAUAAAUCUGCACUUUUGGUUCAUUCUAUGCAUUUAUAUGUUGUAAAAAGUGCUAAAAAUGUGUCCCUUGUUUAGCCUAUAGAAUUUUGUGUUAACUAUGUCAGUGAAUAUUUAAAAUUUGCACUUGUACAAAUACACUGUUUUUGCAUUAUUUUUAUCAACAAAAAAUAGAUCUGAUGCUUUACACUUUCGUUUCUGUAUAUAAAUAGAUGGACAAUCAUUAUAAAAUAAUUCAUACGAUUGUAGUGUGCAAUAUGCAAAGCCUUUAGUAUUGAUUUAGAUGGUCUUCCAUAUACAGAACUGUUGCAGUAUAGGUUUAAAGUUCAGUAUUAAUCCAUGCUAAUUUAAAUACAAGAAAUGUUUCAAAAUUGAAACACUUUCUAGGGUUACUGUUUGUUUCAAUCUUACCUGCAAAGAAAAUUUUGUGCUUGAUUGUAUGUUUUUUACUAAACGACCUAUUUAAGUUGUAAAUGUAUUAUGCUCCUUUUUUUUUAUGUUUUUUUUUCCUAUUUUAAUCCUUUUAACCUAUCUAUUUUAAUCAUAUAUCAUUUUAUUUUCUUUUAAUUCAUAAAAUGCUAUGAAGGAUCUCUGUUUAUUACAUUCUUUUGAAGUAUCAUACAUUUUUAGCGAAUUUUCACUUCUGUAGUUUAAAGUUUGAGAUAAAAUUAUUUAAACUUUAUCAUCAUAUGUCUGUGUAUUCAUGAAAGAUAAAAAAAGGCUUACUCCGAAUAAAUAACUAAUAUUUUAUUAAACGAAGGUAUUAGCUUUUGUCCCUUUAAUUUCAUCUAGUGUGUGGUUUUUCAGAGCUGCUUAAAAUUCUUGCAUGUAGGAAAUGCUGCAUUAGUUAUAAUACUAUUCCUUAAAAGUCUAAUAUAAUUAUGCAUUAAAUGUAACAUUUAAACUUUAUUAAGAUUACAAAAUUGCUUGAUAAUGAUGAUAUCUGAAAUGUUACCUAUCAGAAAUAUUUUAUUAUUUUGUUAGAAAGGUCAGCAAUUUUAAAGAGAUCUCAUGGUCGAGUUCAAAAUGCUAUUGAAAUGCGAUAGAAUUAGAAGUCUUGUUUUUAAAGUAAAAUAGCCAUUUUAUUUUUUUUUUUCUGACAUCAUUUAACUGUCAAGUAAAUUUGCAUAACGAUGAAAAUUCAUAUUAAAAUUAUGAUGCUAUUAUAUAAAUGUGGAUAUCUGCUUUGAAAAAUUCGAAUUUUUUGACAAUUUAAGAUCCAGUUAUUGUGCAAUCUUUUAAUAAUUCCAUUUUAUAUCAAAAUAAAGAUUUAAAAAGGUAAUCAUAGCAAAGAUGUAUUCUUAAUUUAUUUUGCAUUUUUAUACUUUUGUAUUGAAAUUCCUUUGAUUAUAUGUUAAAAAAUAUUUUAAUGAGUUUCUGUCAGUGUAUAUAUAACACUUCUGAUCAUUUUGUAUGAAUUUUAGAGAAGCUUACUUUUUUUUACGUAUAAAUAUUGUCUUCCGGAAUUAUGCUGCUGCAGCAUAUGUUGCUGAAAUUACAGAAGAGAAAGUGUAUCUUCCAAUGCUAUUACAUGCAAACUAUUAGUAAACAGCAAAAUAAAUUAUUUCUAAUGUUAAGAAGAAUUAAUUUAAAGUUAAAAUUUUUCUAACACUUUUCCCAAGGUUAUUGCAUAUAAAUUCAUAUUUAAUUUGUAAGGAUAUAGAAAAUGCAGAUAGAAUUAACUGUUUGAAAGUUUUAUAUUUUCAAUAUUGUGCCAUUUAUCUGAUAUACACAGAAAAUGUUAAUAUUAUAGAUUGUAAGAGAAAUAUAUUUUGUACAUGUAAAUGUGGCACAUAAUAGUGUUAGCUGUACUUGAUCUGCUAAAACAACAUUGAAAGAUAUGUAUAAUACGUAGUUAUUGUGUACUUAAUUGUUUCAAGGCUAUUGAUUGAUGAGAAAUUGUUCAUUUUGUAUUAUAUAUAUAGGCAAAAUUUGUCAAAUUAUAUGAAAUAAAGAAUAAAUCGUUAUUUUAUCAUAAA